AUGAAUAACCCAUUAUUGUUGCAGUCAAAGGUAACAACUAAUCAAAAUCCAUCAACAAAUGAAUAUGGAGAUUCUGUCACAUCAUCACAACAUUAUCAACCAUUUAAGAAACUAAAAGUAUCAUCAUCACAACCAAUAGAAAUUGUGUCAUUAGAUUCAAGUGAUGAUGAAAAUGAACAAAAUACAUCUCAAUUUUCAAUUAAUAUUCCAAAACAAGAACCACAAUUAAUUAAAGAAUCAUCUGAUGAAUUAGAAAUAGUUGGUGAACGUAAUCUUAUUCCAAUGCCUGGUGCCUUUAAUCAACAACAACAAAAUCAAAUUCAACCGAAACAAGAAAUUAAACAAGAUCCAUUUUAUGUACCACCACUACCACCACAACAACAAAUUAUCCCUCCACAACAACAAUUAGCAUUGAUGAGAACUCAAAAAAAUGAUUUACAAUCGAAAAAUGUUACUUAUACUCAUGAAAUUGCAAAAUUAACUACAGAAUUAAACAAAUUAACAAGUACUCUGGUAAUAAUUGAACAAAGAUAUAAUAUGGAAAGAAAUAAUAUCGAUAAUAUUAAAAAUCUUAUACGUAGUGCAACCUCAGAAAAUAUUGGAAAUUUACAUGGCAUUUUAAAACUUCAUGAAAAUAGAUCAAUUCAUUUACAACAUGAAUUAAAUAAAUAUCAAACACAUUUAAAUAAUAUGCAACGCAAAAUUGAACUUUUUAACGGAAAAAUAAGACAAAAUAUAUCGAUAAUUAGAAAUUUAACUCAUAGAACAAAUGCAUCAACAAAUGUUUAUGAAGCUGAAAUUUAUAGAGAUAAUUAUAGAGGAGCUGAAGUUGAUAUUGAUUUACAAAACUUGUUAGAUAACAUUAGAUCUGAAGAAAUUCCCGAAGAUGGUUUAGAAUCAACACCAGAAGAAUUAGCUGUUAAUUUAAUGAAACAUCAAAGAUUAGGAUUAACUUGGUUAAAAAGAAUGGAAGCUUCAAGUUCAAAAGGUGGUAUAUUAGCUGAUGAUAUGGGUUUAGGUAAAACUAUUCAAGCAUUAGCAUUAAUUUUAGCGAAUAAACCACCAGCUGAUUAUAAAUAUAAAACAACUUUGAUUAUUGCACCAGUUAGUUUAUUAAGACAAUGGGCUAGUGAAAUAGAUAAUAAAAUAAAACCUUCAUUUAAUAUUCAUAUUUGUAUUUAUCAUGGUGAUGAUAAAAAGAAAAUGUCAACUUUUAAUAAAAUGAGUAAAUAUGAUGUUGUUCUUACAAGUUAUACUACAUUACAAUCAGAAUGGAAAAAGCAUUAUUUAGAAGAACUUAAAUCUCAAACUCCUCCAUUUGAUAGAAAAUGUUUACCUGAACCUCAUACUGGCGGUAAAAGUUAUACUAGUCCAUUUUUUGAUAAAAAUAGUCAUUUUUUUAGAAUUAUACUUGAUGAAGCACAAAACAUUAAGAAUAAAUUUGCAAUUGCAUCAAGAGCUGUUUAUUACUUAUCAGGUGAAACUAAAUUUUGUCUUAGUGGUACACCAAUGCAAAAUAAUUUAGAUGAAUUAUAUCCAUUAUUAAGAUUUUUAAGAAUUAAACCAUAUAGUGAUGAAGAAAAAUUUAGAUAUGAUAUUAUAUUACCAACAAGAUCAAAUUCUGAUCAAUAUGAUGAAUGGGAUGCUAAGCAAUCAUUUAGAAAACUACGUGCUUUGUUAGCUUCAAUUUUAUUAAGAAGAACAAAAGAUUCUUUAAUUGACGGUCAACCAAUUUUGCAAUUACCUACUAAACAUAUAAAUAAAGAUUUUGUUGAAUUAGAAGGGGAAGAAGAAGAGUAUUAUAAGAGUAUUGAAGAAAAGAUUCAAAGAGUUGCCAAAAAAUUAUUUAAUAAUCAUAUUAAAACAGCACCAAUUUUAGCAUUAUUAUUAAGAUUAAGACAAGCAUGUUGUCAUUCAUAUUUAGUUGAAAUUGGUCAAUUAAAACAAGAAGAAGCAAAAACUGAAGAUGGAAAAAUUUUUAAAGAUUGGAAAAAAAUGAUUAGAUUAACAAAUGAAUUAGAUAUUGAAGUAAAGAAUACAGUUUUACAAACUAUUAAUUCAAAUGUUGGUACUCCAGAUGAAGAUUUACAAAGUGUUGGUGUUGAUUUAAUGUUGACAUGUCAAAAAUGUUUUGAACCAAACAAUUCACCAGUUAUUUUCAGUGAAUGUGGACAUAUGAUUUGCAAAACAUGUUUUAUUGAAAUGUUUAAUAUAACAGAAGAUAGAGAAGAAAAUGAAGCAGUUGAUGAUGUUAGAUGUAUUGAAUGUGAUGAAUUUGUUAAACAAACUCAUGUAAUUGAUUAUAAGAUUUUUAAAGCAAAACAUAUUGAGAAUCAUGAUAAUCUUGAAAAAUUUGCUAAAUCAGCAUAUACAAAUUGGAAAAAUCAAAGAUCAAAUGAGAAAAUUAUAAAAGAAUUUGUCGCAAGAGAUGAGUUCUUGAAUCCAAGUGCCAAAAUAGAAAAAUGCAUAGAUUUAAUUCAUGAAAUUGAACAACGAAAUCCUGGUGAAAAAAUCAUUAUAUUCAGUCAAUUUGUUUCAUUAUUUGAUAUAAUGAAAUUAGUUUUAAAACAUGAAUGUAUUAGAUUUUUACAAUAUGAUGGAUCAAUGACUUUAGAACAAAAAAAUUCAACAAUUAAACAUUUUUAUCAAAAUAAUGAAAUAAAGGUUUUGUUAAUAUCUUUACGAGCUGGUAACGUUGGAUUAACUUUAACUUGUGCAAAUCAUGUUAUUAUAAUGGAUCCAUUUUGGAAUCCAUUUGUUGAAGAACAAGCAAUGGAUAGAGCUCAUAGAAUUGGUCAAGAAAAAGAAGUUCAUGUUCAUAAAAUUUUGAUUGAAAAUACAGUUGAAUCGAGAAUUCAAGAAUUACAAGAACAUAAAAAGAAAUUAAUUGGAGCUGCAUUAAAUGAAAAGGAAAUGAGAAAUAUUACAAAAUUGGGUAGUAGAGAACUAGGAUUUUUAUUUGGUUUGAAUACAUUACAUUAA